CUAGCGGGUGACGUCACAGGCGGGAAGAGCAAGAUGGCGGGAGAGGUAAACAAACCGGGCUGGGCCUGGGAGGCUUUGCCCAUCUGCUCGUCUCGGGGCCAGAUCGUGUCCGCCGUGAGGAGAAGCGCUUUCCUGGUGGUCUCAGGGCAGACCGGGAGCGGGAAGACCACCCAGCUCCCCAAGUACCUCUGGGAGGAAGGCCUGGCGAAGCAUGGUGCGAUUGCCGUCACGCAGCCGCGGCGCAUGGCGGCCAUAUCUGUGGCGCAGAGGGUGGCGGAGGAGAUGGGCUGCCCUCUGGGAAGCCUCGUGGGGUACCAUGUCCGAUUCGACGAGUGCGUCUCCGAGGAAACAUCCAUCAAGUACAUGACGGACGGCUGUUUGCUGAGACAGAUCUUGGCAGAUCCCGAAUUGAGCAAAUACAGUGUUGUGAUCCUGGAUGAAGCUCACGAGAGGAGCCUCAGUACCGAUAUCCUCUUUGGCUUACUGAAGCAGAUGCUCCACAAGAAGAAGAAGAAGAAGCAGCCCAAAAGAAAGAAACCCUUGAAAGUGGUGGUGAUGUCGGCCACGCUGGACACGGACAAAUUCUCCGCGUUCUUCGACGGCUGCCCAGUCAUGGAUAUCCCAGGGCGAAACUAUCCCAUCAAGGAGGUUUUCUGUGGGGCCGUGGGGCCCAAGGAUGCCGAGAGUUCUGCCUAUGUGACAGAGACUAUCAGAGUGACCUUGGACAUCCAUUUGAAUGGCGCAGCGGGAGAUAUUCUGCUUUUUCUGACCGGCCAGUCGGAGAUCGAACGGACGUGCGAGUUGCUUUUCCAGAAAGCGGAGACGAUUGAUUACCGUUUUGAUGUGAGGGAGAGUACCGUGGAAGGCUUGCUCAUCCUCCCCUUGUAUGGCUCGAUGCCAACGGACCAGCAGAGAAGGAUCUUUCUUCCUCCGCCGCCGGGUAUACGGAAAUGUGUGGUGGCCACCAACAUCGCCGCAACGUCUCUCACCAUUGAUGGGAUCAGGUGAGCCGUUCUGAGAGUUUGGGUCAGGAGGACCGGCAAAACCCCUGAUGUUUCCUUGGAUUAUGCUUGCGUUACGAUUCGUGUUUUGCUUUCCAGAAGUGAGGCAUUGCAACGAGCAGGAAGAGCUGGCAGGACGGCACCUGGGAAAUGCUACCGAAUCUACAGCAAGGAAUUCUGGGAGCAGUGCAUGCCUGACCACAUGGUCCCAGAGAUCAAGCGCACCAGUUUGACAUCCGUGAUACUGACACUGAAGUGUCUUGGUAUCCAUGAUGUGAUCAGGUUUCCUUACCUGGAUCGCCCGGAGGAGAGGCGCAUCCUGGAAGCCUUGAAGCAGCUUUACCAGUGCAGUGCCAUUGACAGGAGGGGCCACGUGACCCCGCUGGGCGAACUCAUGGUGCAGUUUCCCCUCCCGCCGAACCUGACCUGCGCCGUCCUCAAGGCAGCCUCUUUCGGCUGUGAAGACCUGCUGCUCCCCAUUGCAGCCAUGUUGUCGGUGGAGAAAGUCUUCAUCCGACCAGGUGACCUUGAAAGGCAAAAGGAAGCCGAACUCCGGCACCGAGAGCUGAUGUCGCAAGUGGGAGGCUGCAAUGACUUUGCCACUCUCCUGAACAUCUUCGAACAAUGCAAAUCAAGCAAAUCUCCGUCAGCUUGGUGCCAAGACAACUGGAUUCAUUGGAGAGCGGUGAAGCUUGCGUUCAGCGUGGAGGAGCAACUUCGAGAAAUCACCAGCAAACUGAAGCAGCGGCCGGACUUUCCAAGAGAGCAUUUUGACGGCUCCAGGAAUGAAAUAUUGCGGAGAUGCUUGUGCGCAGGAUACUUCGCCAACGUCGCAAGGAGAUCCGUCGGCAAGUCGUUCUGCACUAUGGACGGCCACGGCAGCACCGUCUACAUCCACCCUUCGUCUGCUCUGCACGAUCAGGAAGCCCAGUUGGAAUGGAUCCUCUUCCACGACGUCCUGGUGACCUCCAGGAUUUACGUGCGGACCGUCUGCCCCAUUCGCUACGACUGGGUCCAGGAUCUCUUGCCCCGGUUGCACAAGAUCGACGCGUACGAGCUGAGCAGCAUGGCGCGGGAGGAAGUGACGGAGGAGGAGAUGGCCAAGUGGAAGGACAAGGAGGCUCUGGAGGGAAGGACCGAGAAGACAACAGAGGAGCCUGCAAAGAAAAUGGAGAGAAGGAAUGAUGACCAGUCUAUACAGGACGCUCGCUCCCGGUACUUGGAGAGGAAGAGACAGAGGCGGCAGGACUUAAGUACCUCUUGAAAGGAAAUUGGCUGAGCCAGAGGACUGACGUCGUCCGGUCAGAAGCUGACCAUAGAACCAGGCUGGACAGUCUUGAGAGAACAAUAGUGGUCAACUCGGUGAAGACUCAAACCCAGAUAUUGUGAGACUACAACUCCCAUUGGCUGUAUCCAGUGGGGAAGUGUAGUCCAGGAAGAUCUGGGAGGGCAGAGACAUGCCGCUUGGGAGACCCGAGUGGGAAUGGCCUCAGAAGACAAUGAUUUCUGAGACUUUUUUUACCAAUCAUACGUGCCUAACAAUAAUAAUAAAUGUUAUUUUUUCCACAUA